AUGAUUAUCACCGGUGAUGAUGCGAAUGGGAUAACGGAGUUGAAAACGCACUUGACUCGUGAAUUUGAGAUGAAAGAUUUGGGUUCCCUACGGUACUUUGUAGGGAUAGAAGUAGCUUACUCUCCUCGUGGCUAUCUUCUUUCUCAAUCUAAGUACAUUGCUGAUAUUCUCGAUCAGGCUCGUCUCUCUGAUGCUUGCACUGUUGAUACCCCUCUUGAGCUUAAUGCCAUGUAUUCUUCAUCUGAUGGUGUUGCCUUGUCAGAUCCCUCUCUAUAUCGCACUCUGGUUGGUAGCUUAGUGUACCUUACUAUCACCAAGCCAGACAUCGCUUAUGCAGUUCACAUUGUCAGUCAGUUUGUUGCAUCUCCCACUACCGUUCAUUGGGCAGCUGUGCUUCGUAUUCUUCGAUAUCUUCGGGGAACUCAAUUUCAGAGUCUGCUUUUUCCAUCUAUGUCUACUUUAGAGUUACGUGCCUACUCAGAUGCAGAUUGGGGUGGUGAUUGUACUGAUCUUAAAUCUACCACUGGUUUUUAUCCCACUCCGAUGCAUUGUGACAAUGUUAGUGCUAUUCAGAUUACUCGCAACUCCGUUUUUCAUGAGCGCACGAAACAUAUUGAGAUAGAUUGUCAUCUUACUCGUCACCACUAUCAGAAUGGGAUCAUCACUUUACCAUUUGUCACUUCCGCUAUGUAG